AUGCUGCAAGACAAGUCUCUAGGUCUGCAGUCUUCAGUAGUUUCAUAUAGUAGGGAUGAGUUCCUUUCAUCGAAUUUCGCUGCUUCUACCUUCCUGGAAGAUCAUCGCCAUUUGCAAUUGGAAGUGUUGAAGACGGAACUGAAUACAUCAGUGAAGGACUUGAAACACGAACUGGUCGAGCUUAUUAAUCGGGAUUAUGCAGAUUUCAUUAGCUUGUCCAGUAAUCUGACGGGAGUCGAUGCUAUUAUUAAAGAUAUUGGGCGGCCAUUAGAAGCUAUGCAGAAUCAAGUCACGUGGGUGAGAUCUUCACUGCAACGUGUUGUAGAUCAAUUAGAGGCUCAGCUCAGAACUAGAGCUCAUAUACGUGAAAAGAAGGCAAUUCUGCACUUGUUACUGAGUAUCCAUGAAUCAGUUAGUAAAGUUGAAGAACUGCUUGGAAUAUCGAAUCAAGACGCAUCCUAUACGCCUCCUUCUGGAGAGAAUGGUGCUGAUGUGCUGGCCAACGACGAUGGCAAACUGAUUGAGCGUGUGGCCAUAGAGUUCAAUCAGCUACAGUUCUUCGUCACGAGAGGUUCGAAUCUGCCAUAUGUGUCGAAUAUUGAAUGGAGAAUCGCAAGAAUCAAAGACACUUUAACGUCCAAUCUGUCGAAAGCUUUAAAAGCUGCAUACCUAAAAGUCAUAUCAAGACCAACUGAUAACGUGGCUGCUACGACUUUGGCUCAGUAUCUACGGACAUAUGUCUUGAUAGACAAGAUAAAAGAUGCUGAAGAAGUGUUUAAUGAAGCUGUCGUGUCUCCGUUCAGUCGAAAGCUCAUGAAAACCCAUACAAGCUCCGAAUUCAAUCCUCAAGCCAUGCCGUCCUUGCCAUCAUCCAAUUCAUCAAACAAGAACCAAACACCAUCUAUAAUAUACAACCAAAUCAUUGCAUUUGCAAAACAAGACUGUACGCCAGUACUAGAUCUCUCCUCACACGUGUUUAAAGGAACGCAGCAUGACAUGUUGGUGGAUUCGGUAUGGGCAACGUGUAUUGCGGGCAUAACGGAAAAGAUGAGUGGGGUGUUUGCUGUUGGGUUACCCGAUGUCUUCCAAAAAAACUACUUGCUUGCCAUGGAUUUCGUAACUAGAUUCGAGUCAAUCUGUAAAUCGAGAAAGACUCUCUCACUACUCAGGCUUCAUCCUACUUAUAUCGACUUUAUGAAGAGAUGGCAGUUACCGGUUUACUACCAACUGAGAGCGAAAGAGAUAUAUGGAAAACUCGAAUAUUCAACCACAUCAUUCGAAUGGUUUCAUGCUAAUCUAAAACUAGACACUUCUUCGACGUUUGCUCCUUUUGUUCUAGCUCCUUCACACAUGAUGCUGGAAUCAGUCAGUUCUUGCUAUAAUGAUUCUGUAUUCUUAUGGGCUGUCUCUUUCCGGUUUUGGAGAUUGACUUUGCAGUUGGUUGGGAGGUACAUACUCUUUAUGAAGUCCAUACUGGCUGAAGUUCAGAACGAGGCUGCACCACCUGUUCCGAGUAAAGAUGGCGUGCGGAGCUCUAUUGAUACACCAUCCGCUCAAUCUACAAAAGCUGAAGUAUCAGAUGAAGUUGUAUUGAAGCGGCUGGGUGGAUUGUACCGUGAUUGUGUGAUGGCUGGAGAACAGAUACUGAGAGUGGGACGUGAAAGAAUUGCUCCGAAACUGACACAAGGAGACGUGACAUUUGACUCUCUUGAACGCACAUUGGAAGCAAGCAUUGAGCCAUUAGCAGACAUACGGUCUGAUGCAACUGGACGUAUCGUCGAAAUCUUGUCCAAGAAAUGUGUCGAGUCGUUGCGUGGUGAUAUAUUCAAUAUACCCGGACAGUACCGUAGAACGAAUAAGGAGCCGCCAACCCGAGCCUCUUACUACACUUCAUCAGUCUUGAAGCCCUUAUCGAACUUUGCUGCAACAUGUAAAGACAUGUUUGGAUCAGCUGGCUUACCUGCCGAAUGGACGAAUGCGAUAUUGGAUGAUAUUGUUUCCAAGUACGAGCAUGGAUUCACAUCUAUAUGUGUUGAAAUGCUAGACUCUCAGAAAAAGAUAUCAGAGAGUCUAAAGAGGUUGCGUCGAGUCGCUCCUGGCAAAGAAUCUGUUGAGGAUUCAGGAGUUAUGAGUGAUGAUGACAAGAUUCGGUUGCAAGUCGUGUUGGAUGUUAGGCAGCUUGGUAUUGAGUGUCAAGGCUUUGGCAUGGAUUUAACUAGUUCCAGAACAUAUCAAGACUUGUUUGCUGUUAUAUCUCCUUUUGCUUCGCUGGCAGAACAACCCUUACAACAACAAGAAAACACUGUACAGGCUGAACAAGAAACCAUGGUCAAGCAAGACGAUGAGAAGCCAUAG